UAUUUAAAAUGGUAUUAAACAAAUUUUAAUUGCAGAAUGGAUUCUGAAGGUAAAUUAUAGGGGAACAUAGGGAGAAGUAACUGUACAGUGCAGUACACCAGGAUCAUGUACAGAAGCAAUAUGAGAACAUUCAUUCAGAUUAGUAUUGUUUGUUUACUGGGGGCACAAGCAGACCACACCAAACACAACUUAACAUUCGAGCAGUUCGAAGAGAUUAUAGCUGAUCUUAAACCGAAGAUACCAGUUUCAUAUGAUUUCGAGCUAGCCAGGGCUAGAAGACAACUGGAUGGUCUAAGCUACGAGUAUAACAGUGAUGAUACUGAAUCUGGUUCCUGGGGGGAAUGGGGAGAACCGUCCCAGUGUUCCAGAACCUGUGGAGGAGGAGUACAGACUGAAGAACGUCAAUGUGGAGGUACUCGUCCUGAUCUCUGUGUUGGAGCCAGUAAACGAUUCUCCAGCUGUAAUCUAGAAUCCUGUCCUAGAGGUUCUAAAGAUUUCCGGGAAGUCCAAUGUUCAGAGUACAAUAAUGUACUUUACGAAAGAAAGUACUAUGACUGGAUUCCAUAUCUAAAGGCCCCUAGAAAAUGUGAGCUGAAUUGUAUGCCAAAAGGAGAAAGGUUUUAUCUAAUGCAGGCUAAAAAGGUGGUGGAUGGAACUUCUUGUGAUGAUGAAGGAACGAAAAUCUGUGUAGACGGGGAGUGUAAACCAGUAGGGUGUGAUGGUAUGCUCGGGAGUGACACUAAGGAGGAUCUAUGCAGGGUCUGUGGAGGAGAUGGGUCCCAAUGCCAGACUGUGUCUGAUGUAGUGAGUAGACAAGAUCUACAGAUGGGAUACAAUGACCUGCUUGUGAUUCCUGCAGGAGCAACCAAUAUAAGGAUAGCAGAGGUAAAAGCAAGCAACAACUACCUGGCUAUUCGAAAUAUGAGUGGACAUUACUAUUUGAAUGGAAACUGGAGAAUUGAUUACCCUCAGAAGCUGGAAAUGGCAGGAACCACAUUCCACUACGAGAGAAAAUAUAAGAAUGGGAAAGCUAAAGGUCCUCUUACUCUGUUUGCACCUGAAAGUAUUAGAUCACUAGGACCUAUCAAAGAAUCAUUAUAUGUUGUGAUUCUAUACCAAGAGGAAAAUCCUGGAGUUGAGUUUGAGUAUUCAAUGAAGAAAGAUAAUGUAAAAGAAACUCCUGUUGGUUCAAGUGGAGGCUAUCAGUGGACCCAGGGAGCUUGGAGUGAUUGUAAUGCACCAUGCGGAGGUGGAACAAGAACAAGAGAAGUAUUUUGUUCUGAAGAGGCAACAUUUCAAAGAGUGUCUGAGGGUCUGUGUGAUUCCAAUGUGAAACCACCACUAAAUGAGACUUGCAAUGCGUCCCCAUGUCGCCCAAGAUGGAAUGUUGGUGACUGGGGAAACUGUACAGUUAGCAAUGGAACUGAAGAGACUGAGUGUACUCAAUAUCAGUUCAGGAAUGUCUUUUGUGAACAGGUGUUAGCCAAUAACAUGCCAAGCUUGGUAGACAUUGAGGAAUGUGAUGAGAGCCUUGGCGAUCCACCUGUUUCUGUAAAAGUCUGCGAUGAAGAGAUUGAAGAUGAUUUUGCUCUUGAGGAUGAAUCUGGACCCAAAUAUCAUAUUGGACCAUGGACUGGGUGUAGCACAAUCUGUGGCUCUGGAAUAAAAACUAGAGAAGUCACAUGCUAUAAGAAAAAUGAUGAUGAUGGUGUUGAUAUAUUGGAAGAUUCUGAAUGUUUAAGUUCAAAGCCUGCUAUUGAGGAGCCAUGUGAAAACGAAAACCCCUGUGAACCUUUUGACUGGAUCUUGUCUGACAUGACCACAUGUGAUAGCAAGUGUGGACUGACACAUGCUUCAAGAUAUGCCAUUUGUGCAGACAAUGAGGGAAAUGAGGUUCCAGCAGACUCCCAAGAAAGAUGUGGAACAGAACUUCCAGAAUUAACAGAAGAAUGCGACUCUUCUGAGCUGUUGUGCGAGUUCAGCUGGUUUGCAUCUCAGUGGAGUGAAUGCUCUAGCAAGUGCACUGAUAUAUUAGGUAUUCAAAGCAGGUAUGUGUUUUGUGGUAGUAUGGCAGAUGAUGGUACAAUAACAAAUACUACUGAUGAUAGCUGUAAGGAAGAACUGAAGUAUAAUAACACUAAAGAAUGUUUUGGUACUGAGGAGUGUACAGGUAAUUGGUUUGCCAGCAGUUGGAGUACUUGUAGUGCGGAAUGCAAUGGGGGGAAAAUGAAUAGAAAAGUAUUCUGUAUAAAAGAUGGCAAGCCUGUCGCACCAGACCAGUGUCAAGAAGAUUUAAAAUUCCUUGAAGAAGAUGACUGUAACCAAGAUUCCUGUCCAGAAGCUUCAGGUGAAGAGGCUGAACCAUGUGAGUACUAUGAUGACUGGUGGAUCUUUGGUGGAGGAAACUCAUCAGAAACGCCUGACAAAGAAAGCAGCUCUGAUGGUUCAGGUUCUGGAGAAGGAUCUGGGGCAGGAUCUGAGAUAGAUUUGUCUCUAUUUUCAAAGAGAUGCAAGCCAGCUCCAGUGGAACCUUGCUCCAAUUCAUCUUAUGGGUGCUGCCCAGAUGGGUUCUUCUCACCUACUGGUCCAUUUAAUGAAGGAUGCAUGGAAUAUAAGACUUGUGAAGAUACAAGAUAUGGUUGUUGUCAGGAUGGAUUUACAACUUCUCAAGGGGCCAAAUUCCAAGGUUGUCCUCCAACCAAUUGUGAGAAUACACUAUAUGGAUGUUGUAAUGAUGGAGAAACACCUGCUAGUGGGUUUGGGGAGAACACAAAAUGUGAUGAGAACAAGAAAUGCAAGUCUGGACCCUUUGGUUGUUGUCCAGAUGGAAGAACAUUUUCUCAGGGACCCAAAAAGCAGGGAUGUUUCUCUUGUCCUGAAGAAGUGUUUGUUUGUGAUGAAUGUGAGAAAACUGAGUUUGGUUGUUGUCCUGAUCUCCAGAAUGCAGCAACAGGACCAGAGUUUGAAGGAUGUCCAGAUGAAGAUGGCUCAGGAGCUUAUGAAGAUUGCACUCUCACUGAUUUUGGCUGUUGUCCUGAUGGAAUAACUAAAGCAAAGGGAGAAAACUUUAAAGGAUGUGAAAAGGCAACUCCAUGCAAAAAUGCUAAAUGGGGUUGUUGUGAGGAUCUUCUGAACCCUGCUCAUGGUCCAGAUAAAGAAGGUUGUUGCUUGAAUUCUGAGUUUGGUUGCUGUCCUGAUAACAUAUCUCCAGCUGAGGGUCCAGACAAUAAGGGUUGCGGAUGUGAGUUCACUGAGUUUAAAUGCUGCCCUGAUGAUAUAACACCUGCAAGAGGGAAAAACUUUGAAGGAUGUGGAUGUGUGUCCACAGAACACGGUUGCUGCCCUGACAAAUUUACUCCUUCUCCUGGUCCAGAACACCAGGGAUGCCCUUGUCACACUUUUGAAUAUGGAUGUUGUCCUGAUGGAGAUACAAUUGCAAGAGGUCCAGCCCAGGAAGGAUGUACUUGUAAGGAUAGAGAAUAUGGUUGCUGUCCAGAUAGAAGAACAGCAGCAUCUGGAAUUGAUUUUGAUGGUUGUGGAUGUGCUGCUAGUGAGUUUGGAUGCUGUCCAGACGGAAAUAGUACUGCUACUGGUGAAAACUUCCAGGGCUGUGGAGAUCAAGAGCUACCUGAACCUCCAGCAGAGGUCUGUGGACUAGAUAAAGAUAGAGGACCAGCUAGAGAUUUCGUUGUCAAGUGGUUCUUUGACAUGGAGUAUGGUGGCUGUACAAGGUUUUGGUAUGGAGGAGAAGGAGGUAACAGGAAUAGGUUUGACACCAAGGAGGAGUGUGAUACAGUCUGUGUUGAACCAGUUGGAAAGAGUGCCUGCAAUCUACCAAUCGUUCCUGGGCCUUGUGAAGGAUAUUACCAGAAGUAUGGAUACAAUAGAAAUACUGGAUCUUGCCAACAGUUUAAAUAUGGCGGCUGUCUAGGAAACAAUAACAAGUUUACUAGUGCAGAGGAGUGCCGAGAUACAUGUGAAGAAACUGAGUUUAAAAUCCUGAAUACAAACAGAUGUGAACAAGAAAUACUUCCAGGACCAUGUCUGGGUAACUUUACACGGUUUGGUUACAACAAGGAGACAGAACAAUGUGAAGAGUUUAACUAUGGAGGAUGCAAAGGAAACCUGAACAGUUUUUUAACUAUUGGUGAGUGUGAGAAUACAUGUAGAGAAGGAGGGGGCUCCAGGACUAUGUGCCUUCUACCCAGAUCCCCAGCGUUUUUAGGUGGAGAUAUCUGCCAGCUUGAGAAGAGUCCAGGGCCCUGCAGAGAUUUUGUUGAACGGUUUUAUUUUGAUUCUGCCAUGGAAACUUGUCAAUCAUUCCCAUACGGUGGAUGUGAGGGAAACAAGAAUAAUUUCUUGACAAAAACUGAUUGUGACAGUAGGUGCUCAACCGACUACAGUAUUCCUAUUCAGGAAGAAUUUAAGCUCGAGUUCUGCUUCCAAGGGAAAGAUGCAGGAGAGGGGGAUUCAAAACAACCAAGAUGGUAUUAUGAUCAUGAAGAUGGUGUAUGUAAGAACUUUCUGUAUGGUGGUCAAAAAGGAAAUGGAAACCGGUUCCUGACAAGACAAGCCUGUGAAGAGCAGUGCUUUAAAGCACAGGAUAUUUGCGGACUUCCUAAGACUAUUGGACCCUGUAAUGGGAACCAAGAACAGUAUUGGUAUGAUAAAGAGAAGGAUGAGUGCUUUGUAUUUGCAUAUGGAGGAUGUGAGGGCAAUGGUAACAAGUUUGAUACUCUUGAGUUUUGCAAAAGCAGAUGCCAGAAAGGAACAGGCCCAAGACGUCCAACAAGUCAGAUCGCACCAGGGGUUGAUAUCUGUAGUUUACCAAUCAAAGAGGGUCCCUGCACUGAAAACAUACCUUCCUGGUAUUUUGAUUCUGCCAAGGGAGUGUGCACUGGUUUUACCUAUGGAGGAUGUGAGGGUAAUGCUAACCGAUACGAAUCAGAAGAACAAUGUGAAAGACAAUGUGGACGUUUCAAAAAUCAGGAUGUCUGUUCAAUGGAGAUGGACUUUGGUCCCUGCAUGGGCAGGUUCAGGAAGUUUUAUUAUGAUUCUCGAGGAAAAGAAUGUAAAUACUUUACUUAUGGUGGAUGCGAAGGAAACGGGAAUAGGUUCAGUUCUGUUUCAGAAUGUGAACAGAUUUGUCUGACUAGAGAAGAACCAGAAGUGAUUGCGCCAUCUGCUCUGUCCAAGGAAGCAAUUUGUCGGCAGCCUGUUGACACUGGGCUCAACUCCUGCAAUGACAACCUGGAGAGAUGGUAUUAUGAUCGGAGGGCUGGUUCUUGUUCAGCUUUUAUUUACUCUGGUUGUUCCGGUAAUAUGAACAGGUUUAAGACAUUUGAUGUUUGUAUUGGUUUUUGUGGGUCUCCAGCCCCAACCGGACCCUCAGCAUUAGAUACGUAUAGACCUCCACCAGAUAAUGUUGAUGAGCCCAUAGAUGAAGCUGAAGGAGACCCUUACUAUGCUGACAAUGAGAGUCAAACAGAUAUAAAUUGUGAGGAAGCGUAUCAAAGAUGUUCAGCACUAAGGUGUCCUUAUGGUACUCUGAGAUACUAUGAUGAUCGUACUAAAUGUGAAGAAUGCUAUUGCAAUGAACCCUGCAGAGGAUUUGAGUGCCCUGCUCAAACAUCUUGCAAAGUUGAGCCAUACACAUCAAGGGGUGAAACCAUUUACAGAGCUGUCUGCAGAGAUGAUACUAAGGAAGGUAUCUGCCCUAAACUCAGCAGGAAUGAGAAAGCCACAUGCAGUGAGGAAUGCCAGACUGAUGGAGACUGCUCAGGAGAUCAAAAAUGUUGUUAUAAUGGCUGUGGCAAAUCUUGCAUCAAAGCAGCAGCUGAUCCAGGAAUGGUUGAUUAUGAUGAUGCUACAGUAGCUCCUGUUGAUGUUAAUGCUCCAAUUAUUGAAGUUGUAAGUCCCACAAUCAUAGUGAAUGAAGGUGAUGUAGCUACACUUGAAGUAAAAGUGAAAGGUGUACCACAGCCCGAUGUCUACUGGAGAAAGGACAGAAGGAACAUUGACACCCUGCGAGGACGAUUUAGACAGGUGGCUGGUGGAUCCCUGCAGAUUGUUGGAGUAAGAAGAGAAGAUCAAGGACGAUAUGAUUGCUUCGCCGACAAUGGUCGUGGACCACCCGUUUCUGUCACCAUAGUCCUAUCUGUAACUCAACCUAGGGAGUUGGGUGCACGAAUCAUGGAAACGGAUCCAAAUGUAAUCAUGUCUCUUGGAGCUCCUGCAACUCUUUACUGCCUUGCUUACGGCUGGCCCAAACCAACAGUAACCUGGUGGAAAGGAACUAAAAUACUUCCAUUAAACUCGGACAGAUUAUCCCAGGAUGAAGAUUUUACGCUGAGAUUGAGAUCUAUUGCCUUGUCCGACCUUGGACCCUAUACAUGCCAGGCCUACAAUGGUCUGGGUGAAGCAGCAUCGUUUGGAGUAGAGUUAAGAGUUUACGGACCAGUUUAUCCUGGACCUGGAGAACAGCAGUUCUUAAGAUAUGUUGUUGGAACACCCCUAGCACCAACUACAACAACAACCAGAAGACCAGGGUUUAGACCUACAAGACCUCAAGAUUGGGAUUAUAACAGACGUCCUGAAAGCACAACACAAAGCCCCGAGAGACCAAGAGCUGGUUAUAUAACUGUGGAUAUCAAAAUGCCUCAAAACAGGUUUGCACUGGACUCUAAUGUACUGAUACCGUGUGAUGUAAACAGCUACAAUAGACCAACUGUAAAGUGGAUGAAGAACGGUCAACCACUCAGAGAAGAUUCUAGAACAUUGGUUCUACGAAACAACAACACCCUGGCUAUCUACCAUGCUGGUGGAGGGGAUUCAGGCCGGUAUACCUGUAUGGCGAGUAAUGGAUACAACGAUGCGGAGAAAAGUAUAGAUAUCACUAUUCAAGAUGUUCAGGUUGAAGAAAGUUGCACAGAUAAUCCUUAUUUUGCAAACUGCAAGCUUAUUGUCAAGGCGAGGUACUGCGGGAACAGAUAUUAUGCUAAAUUCUGCUGCAGAAGUUGUACUCUAGCAGGUCAAACGCCUUACUCCCCCUAAUCCCCGAGGGUUGGCUGGAAUAGGAAGAUUUUAAAAAGAUCAAAAUAUUUUUAUAAAAACUUGAUUUUUAUAUUAAAGAUGUUUCGUAAACUGCAUUUGAGCGUUCAUCAAAUGUUUUUCCAUUUGUUUUAUUGUUUAGUUUUAAGGUUUACUAUGUUUAAUUCAUUUAUGAAGCAUUUAUGAAUUAUUCAUUUUCAAAUUAGUAUUAAGGGUAGUUUUUAAGGGACCUAGUUUUAAGAAUAUAACAUCAUUCAGAAUGAUUGUUUUUAGAUUUUGUUUGUAUCUAUAUUAUACUGUAUUUACUAACACAUAUUAGAUUUAAGGGUUUAGAUAUGUAAGGCUCACUAAUAAUUUUUGAUAUCAAUACUUCGCUUUAGUCUGUUUAAUUUUCAUUCCGUGUUUUAUUUUCGUAUCAAAAAGUUUAUUGUCUACUGCCAAAGAAAAUUUGUACAAAUUUAUUUUUUCAAUUACUGUUUUGCAUAUUGCAAAUUGAAGCAAUCUCUUUUUUCAAUUUAAGUAAAUUUUUAAAAUUUUACUACAAAAUUUUUUUGUCUUCCCAUGAACUCGAUUCAAUGAACCGAGUUUAUA